GGGGUGGUAGCGUGUAAAUCGGAGAUCUGCUUGGGGAUUAGAAAGCUUGACGCCGGCGCCUCGGCUCACUAGACUAAUCCUCCGCCUUGCGGUGCCGGCACACCGGGUUCCAGUUGCCCCUCUUCCAGGCCAGCUCUCUGCUGUGGCCCGGGAGUGCAGUGGAGGAUGGCCCAAGUGCUUGGGCCCUGCACCCCAUGGGAGACCAGGAUAAGUACCUGGCUCCUGCCAUCGGAUCAGUGCGGUGCGCCGGCCGCGGCGGCCAUUGGAGGGUGAACCAAAGGAAGACCUUUCUCUCUGUCUCUCUCACUGUCCACUCUGCCUGUCAAAAAAAAAAAAAAAAAAAAGCUUGACUUCAGGGUACAUAGAUGGGGCAAAAGUGGCUGUGCCAGGAAUCCUGAGUUUGGUGGGUGGUCUCUAAUGGGGUAUAGGGGCUCAGGUGCGUCACAUCCGGGGAAGCUGCGGGAGCGUGAACCCUGUAGUGAUGGUGGAAAUCAAUCGUAGAGCCUGGCAGGAAUCGGUGGCAAUCUGCCGUUUAGGCGUGGCGCCGGGUCACUUCAGUCUCAGAUGAAUGACACUUGCCAUUGUUAAUCGUCGUGAAAGUUACUCAUGUCUUUCCAGAAAAACAAACGUGAAAGCAGUAUGAUUUUGACAAAAACAAAGCGAGGUUAUGAAAGAAGGUUCUUACGCAUUUCUGAUAGAAAUGAUAGCAAAAGACUGCCAGAACUGCAGUAUUACGCAGAGAUUGCCAAUAAUUCGAUACAAAACGCUUCAAGGACUCUGGCCCAGCAUCUGUCUGCUUAACCAACUCAUGCCAUUCUGGUUAUGAAUCUUUGCGGCUGUAGAUUAUUUUUCACAAUAUUUGAUGUACUCCCCAUUUUGCCCUUAAAAGCAUUUUCUACGCUCACCAUCGUUGAGUCCACCUAUAACUUACUGUGGCAUAUGAGUUCCAUUUGCAAUGCUCUAUCAUCAUUCUUUGGAGAAUCCCUCUCUGGUUUUUGUUAUUUAGUCUGACACAUACGUACACAAAUUUUGUAGUUUGGAGGCAGGAUUUAUGGUAACUUUUCCUGAAACUCAUCCAUGAACCCCUUUGUCUAUCAGCUAGAGAUUAAGAACCCUCUCGUUAAAAACAGAAAUCUGUGCUGUCUCCACUUCCUCCCCACUGGAAUUCAAGUAACUUCAUCUUUGACCCCACUCGGACAACGAAACUGUCUUACUAAAGCUUUGUGACUCCCAUCUUGCCAUCUUGUUCUUAUUAUCUUAUUAUAUCUUAUUAUUAUAGCUUAUUAUUGUGCUACUACCAAUGACUGUUACCUUCCUCAAAAAUCCUUUAUGGUAGCAUCCUCCAAUCUCUUGGUUUUUCUUUUGUUUUGUUUUUUUCUCAGUCACUUUUAUUAAGUCAUGUAUUUGUUGGACUGAUUCACCUCUGAAUAGUGGUAUUCCAUAGGGAUCACUCAGCUCUAUCUCUUCAAGGCAAUUUUCAGAGUAUCAUUGCUUUAGACACCAUCUCUCUGCUCCCAGGCUUAUAGUCCAAUGCCAGCUUCUCUAUUUGAUCUGUUAUUAGACAUGAGUGUGUAAUAGACAUCUCAAAUUGAACAAGAACAGAACUUUAUUUUUACUCCAAGUCUGCUCUUUCCACGCUCCACCAUCAUCUCCCUUUUUGCUCUUUUAUCUCAGAGAAACAGACAGAGGUCGCACAAUUUUUCAUUUUAAACAGGGGUUAGGAUAGACCCUUUUGAGAAUGUGAUAUUUGAGCUAAUACUUGAUAUGCAUGUAUCUGGGGGAAGAGAGUUCCAGGCUGAUGGAACAGUUAGUGCAAAGGUCCCAGGAUGAGACGAUGCCUACCCUAGUCAAGGAAAGAGGUGAGCAUCAGUGGAGUAGUGAGUGAGGCAAAGUGCAGUAGAGGUCACGGAAGCCGUUGGGUGGGAGAGGAGGGUAGUGAAGCUCACAUGAACAUCUUACAGGCCCUCAAAAAGCCUUUGGCUUUUAAUCUUCAGUGAGAUGGAGAGCCACUGGUGUUUUUAGCAGAGAAAUUCAAUGACCUGAUUUUACCUUAACAGUAUGUCCAUUUGCUGUGUUGAGAAUAGGUAGUGGGGAUCACUUUGCCAGUGACUCCCAGACUUCAAUGCACGUUAGAAUCAUCUGGAGAGUGGCAAACUGUCCUUGUGCCCAAGUCAUAUCUCAUCCUAUUAAAUCAAAAUGUCAGGGGCGGGAGCCAGACGUUGGUCUGUUUAGAAGAUUCUUGAGUGCUUCCCAUGUGCAGCAAAGUUUGGGAACCACUGAACAAGGCCAGAGGUUGUUGUAACUCAAAUCAUGGUAGUAAGCUGUGUCUGUGGUGAAAAGUGUUCAGAUUCUGAAUAUGUUUAGAAGAUUUUAACAAUAUUUUCCACCAGAAGAGAUGUAGGAUAUAGGAUAAAGGCAGAUAUCAAUGUUAAAGAUAACACCACACCAAGGGCGGGGGACAUCAAGCCCCUGGGCCUUAUAAAGGCCCAUGAAUUCAUUUGGUCCUGCCAAGGCAAUAGCAGGCAGGACUCGAAAUUCGAUAAAUCUACAGCAGGUUAAUUUUUAAGUUGAUGAUUUUGUAUGGCCUGCAAAUGGUAUUCUAAAUAUCCAAAUAGCCCUUGGUAGAAAAAAGUUUCCCCAUAACCAAGGGAAUGGAAUGAUAUAGUUGCCAGGAGCUAAAGUGCAGAAGACUGUAGGUGGAAUGGGGUUUUGAGGGGAUUCCAGGGUGGUCUGUUUUGUAUCUGAAUUUGGGGUGCCUGGUAAGCAAAAGCUAUGAAGCAGAUAAGACUGGAAAUAACAGUCAAGAGUUAUAGGCAUACGGGAAAAGUUAAAGCUAUGAGACAGGAGGAGUGCGGAAAGAGACAAGACCAAGGACUGAACCUUGGAGAAUUCUACUAACAAGUUGGGGAGGAGGAAUAAACAAGCAGCAAAGGAGAGGGAGGAGGUGCCUCCAGGGAGAUGGCCUCCAGGGAGAGCGUGUGAUUACCUGGAGCCUGAGAGAAUGUGUGUCAAGGAGAAAGGAAUGCUAAGCUGAGUCAAAUCUGAUGGCCAAGCAAGAUGAGAGUUGAAGUGACCAGGAUCCUGGGGGACUUUGGCAAGAGCAGUUCUGGUAGAAUGCUAAGGGCGAAGGCUUGACUAGAGUCUACUUAUGAUAGUAGUGAGAAGGGAACAAUUUUGAUCCAAUGAAUUUAGACAACCCUCUUGAGGAGUUUUUUCCUAAAGAAGUUCAGGGGGAUUGGCAUUUGUUAUGAUGGUUAAGACACCAGGCCGGCGCCGUGGCUCAGUGGGCUAGUCUUCCACCUGUGGCACUGGCACACUGGGUUCUAGUCCCAGUCGGGGCGCUGGAUUCUUUCCCGGUUGCCCCUCAUCCAGGCCAGCUCUCUGCUGUUGCCCGGGAGUGCAGUGGAGGAUGGCCCAAGUGCUUGGGUCCUGCACCCCAUGGGAGCCCAGGAGAAGCACCUGGCUCCUGGCUUUGGAUCAGCGCAGUGUGCCGGCCGCAGCGGCCAUUGGAGGGUGAGCCAACGGCAAAAGGAAGACCUUUCUCUCUGUCUCUCUCACUGUCCGCUCUGCCUGUCAAACAAAACAAAACAAAACAAAAAAGACACCAGUUAGGAUGCCCAGAGUCCCUGGGUUCACUGCCUGGCUCCAGCUCCCGAUGGUCUCUUCCUGACAAUGCAGACUGUGGAGGCAGCAAUGCUAGCUCAGGAAAUUGGGUUCCUGACACCCACAUGGGAGACCUGGACUGAGUUUCCAGCUCCCAGCUUUGGCCCCCAGCUAGUCCUGCCCAUUGUUGAUAUUUGAGGAGAGAAUCAGUGGAUAGGAGCUAGUACCCUCUCCCUCUCUCUUCCUCUUUUCUCUCGAGACCUCUCUCUUUUUCUCUCUCCCUUCUUAAUAAAAUGGAAGUGAACGACAAGUUUGUGUGAUGAUAGGAAUAAUCCAGUGGUGAAUCAAAGUUUGAUGAACUAAGGGGAGGAAGUGGUCUGCUUAUUCAGUUGGAGAGAGGGAGUAGAAUCUGAUGCACAAGAGAAGGGAUUAGCUUUAAAAAAAAAACACAAAUGUUUUAAUUUAUUUUUAUUUUAUUUGAAAAAGCAGAGACCUAUAAAGAGACAGACAGGCAGGGAGAGCAUCUAUCUACUUGUCCACUCCCCAAAUGCCUGCAAUAGCCAGGCCUGAACCAGGCUAAAGGCAGAGCCCAGAACUUCAAUUCAGGUCUCCCAUAUGAGUGGCAGAGACCCCACAACUUGAGCCAUCAUUUCUCUCCUAGCAUGCACAUCAACAAGAACCUGGGAUUGGUUUUGGAGCUGAAACUCAAUCCUAGACAGGCUGAUCUAGGAUGAGGACAUUCCAAGCAGUGUCCCAACAGCUUCCCCAAGCACCUGCCCCCAAUGAUUAGCCUUUGAUGGGCAUGUGGCUAGUUGAUCUAUUAACAGACUGCAAGGCAGAGAGUGUGAUAGGUGUUUGGUGUGAUGGUGGGGCUCUAUGAAAUUUCUCUUUCAAUUGCUUCCAUGUUUUCAAACAGUUCAAUGAAAAUUCAGCCUGAUAGAAUGAUCAAAAGUCUAACAGUCCUAGUAUUCAGGUGUUCCAUAGCAGGUGCCAAGGGCUAUCAUAAAGAACCCAGGAAGUUUUAAAAUUGCUCAAAAAUAAUGUUAGUUAUUAAAUAAUUUAGUAGCACUUCUGCUUAAGAACUUGAGUACAGUUAACUGCUGAGGCACAGAAAUCACCAGUAGAGGGAGAACUAAGCGCACGUGACAGGCAUUGAUGUCUGAGGGAAGAGAUUGUGCAAAUAGGCCCUGUUGGCAAGUUAGUUUCAGUUCCACUGUGUACGUGUGGCUUUACCACUGUGUCCAGAAGGGCUGUAGACCCAGCUGGUUCCAAACAUCUGUGCCAAGACAGAGAAGCCAUCUCCUUUGUGGACUCCUGGAACUGAAGCCUAAAACGUUUCUUUUGCCUAUCUAGUGACACCUGGCCAGUUCUCCUAAGUGGACAGGAGGAAGAGUUCGCCUAAGAAGAGAUGGCAGAAAUUGGGGAUUUGGUGGAUCAGGAGCCACACCCAGUAGAUGAUGACUUAAUUAGAGAGCCAAUGAAAAAAAGGCGGCGACUGGAUCGAGACCGGCGGUUCCGAGCGUUUCCCUCGCUGGAGCAAAGUGCCUUUAAGGAGUAUGAAAGAUUGGAGUCCAGGACCAGACGGGUUUUGAGCAACACUUAUCAGAAACUUAUUCAGUCUGUCUUCUUGGAUGACAGCAUUCCUAGUGGAGUCAAGUAUCUCAUAAAUAGGCUUCUUGCCUUGAUUGAAAAGCCUUCACUGGACCCAAUCUACGUUGGAUUAUUUGGGAGCACAGGGGCUGGGAAGAGCUCCCUAAUCAAUGCCAUCAUCCAGCAAGCCAUGUUUCUACCAGUGUCUGGAGAGAGUACAUGUACUUCGUGUAUUGUGCAAGUGAGCUCAGGCUACUGUGAGCAGUAUGAGGCUAAAAUCCACCUUCUUUCUGACCAGGAGUGGAAGGAGGAGCUUAAAAACUUGACUAAACUCCUGCACAGGACAGAGGACCUGAGUGGAGAAGAGGCAGAUGCAUGGGACAAGGAUGAUGAUGCCAUGGAGGAAGCCAUGUGUAAGCUACAAGUGGUGUAUGGAAUGGGGGCAGAAAAUAAGAGUUACAAGGAGUUACUGAGGGCAAAGCCCAAAGCGAAGAUUCCCACCUCCAGAAUCAUCACCCUCAAGGCAGAAGAGGCGGGAGAGCUGUCUGUCAAAUUGGACCCUUUCAUUCGGACUCAGCGGAGAGGCUGGGAUGGAGAACUACCUGAGACACAAAUCUGGCCCUUGAUCAAACAUGUGGAAGUGACUCUUCCUAAAUCUGAGCUGAUUCCAGAAGGUGUCGUAUUGGUGGAUAUUCCAGGCACAGGCGACUUCAACAGCAAGAGGGACGAGAUAUGGAAAAAGACCAUCGAUAAAUGCUCCGUGAUCUGGGUGAUCAGCGACAUAGAAAGAGUUUCUGGGGGCAGAGCCCACGAAGACCUUCUGAAUGAGAGCAUCAGAGCCUGCCAGCGGGGCUUCUGUACAGACGUUGCCCUGGUGAUCACCAAGACUGACAAACUCCACCUGCCAGAAUAUCUGAGGGAAAGAAAGAUGGGAAAUCAAACUAUUCCAAGUCAGCGAGAGGCUGUUCUAGAAAGAAAUGAAAUGAUAAAACUACAAAGGAAUCGAAUUCUCAAAGAAAAACUGAAAAGAAAACUGCCAGCAGACUCCAGGGUUCUUCAAGCCUCAGAUCUGGUGUACACGGUCAGCGCGCAGGAGUACUGGCAAGGGGCUUUCCUCACCGAGGAAGAAACUGAAAUCCCCAAGUUAAGAGAAUACAUCCGGAAAAGGCUCCUGGACAAGAAGAGGAGGCUGGUGACCAAGUACGUUACUGAAGCCUUUGGCCUGUUGCUCCUCAUAGACAGCCUCAGCUCCACAGAACGCCUGCUGAAUGAACACUUGCACAUGAGUGGCCUGCGGAGAUUUGUGGAAGAGAAGAUGGAGUUGCUGGAGAAGGCCAUCGAGCAGUGCUUUGCCCACAUGGAGCAGCCUCUGCGAGAAGGCGUCAGGAUAGCCAGGGCUUCGUGCCGGCACAUCCUGGGGGCCUUCCUCGUGAGGAGUAAAGGAAACCAAGGUUUUCACCAGACUCUGAAAGCCGUUUGCUUGAAGAAUGGCAUCUAUGCCUCGCGGACCCUGCCAAGGAUUGACCUGAACGAAGCCAUCACGCAGCCUCUCUAUGACCAGAUCGACCCUGUGUUUGGAGGCAUUUUCAGAGCUGGGACGCCCAGCGGCUCGGCUCUGCUGCCUCACAUCGAUGCUUUUAAGUGCUCCCUGCAGCAGAAAAUGAUGGAAAUCAGCAUAAGAAACGGCUGGAAAUAUGAUCGCUGCAAAAACAGUUUCCUGAUCCAGGAGAUCAGUGCCAUGCUGGGCGGCCUGGAGGGCCACAUCUUCAGAAGGAAAAGGAAGCUCUAUGAGUCUCUCACCACCUCUGUUCAGAACGACCUGAAGCCCUGUUAUGAAGAGGCAGCUCACAUCACCGGCAAAAAAGCGUGCGAGAGAAUGAAGGAUGUCAUCAGAAGGGGUGUGGACCGGCAGGUGGCUGAGGGCAUGUUUGAAAGGGCUCAAGAAAGAAUGCAGCACCAAUUCCAGCAACUGAAGAAUGGGAUCAUGGAGAAGGUGAAGGGCAGCGUCGCCACCGUGCUCACCCUUGCUUCAUCUCAGGGACACGGGCUCUACAAGGAGCUGGCAGAUGUCAAGAGUGAAUACAAGGAGAUGGAAAAGCUGCACAGGAGCCUGAGGGAGGCGGCCGAGAACGCGGUGCUGAGGAGGGGCAUGCAGAGUUUCCUCCUGCAGCUGUCCCCCUGCAAAGCCAGCCCCCACAAAGCGUAACUUACAUUCCUGGAGCCCGGUGACCAAGGGAUAGAAAGGAAACCUGGAGCCCAGGAAUCAGAAUUACUUUGUUGAUGUGGAAUCAAGAGCAUUUCCCAGCAAGUUGAGCUUCUGUGUGAGGUAAAACUCAACACAUUGUUACUUCUGGUGUAAUAAUUUUAUAGCAAAAAAAAAAAAAAAAAAAAAAAAAAACCAAAAAAAAAACAAAAAAAAAAAAAAACAAAAAAACAAACAGACAUCGAGACUCCUUAAUGGAAAUGUAAAGCUUCAGGGGCAAGCACCUUGUGCUUUCCCAAAGAAAACUAUUUAUAAAUGCCACAACACAUGAACAUGAGAACGAAAAAGUGCAAAAAAAUUCAAAGAGACCCAGCUGUAUUUGUACAGAAACAAUGCUUUGGGGAAGGGGGCAAGGUUGUGCCACACAAACAGAAAGCCACGCGGACAUGGGACCCCACCUCACUACUUCUCAGGGGCAUUAGCUAACAUCCGUGCUUUUACAGUCUUUUUUUCUGCAAGGAAAAUUUUUAAAAUUUAUAUAAAGGAAAAAUAUUUCAUGUAUUUGAUAUAUACUGUUUUAAGAGCAUAGUGAUACUUCUCUCUCUCCCUCCCUCCUCCUCCCUUUCUUAUUUUUCUUUUAAGUUUUGAGAUGACAUACUUUCUAUUUACUUUAUAAUCACAAGCUUAACUCUCCACCAAAUAAAGAACGCCUGGCUGGCGCUGUGGCAUAGCUUGUUAAUCCUCCGCCUGUGACACCAGCAGCCCAUAUGGGUGAUGGUUUGAGACCCGGCUGCUCCUCUUCUGAUCCAGUCCCUUGCUAAUGUGCCUGGGAAAGCAGCAGAGGAUGGCCCAAGUGUUUGGGCCCCUGCACCCAUGUAGGAGACCCAGAUGAAAUUCCUGGCUCCUGGCUUUGGAUUGGUCCAGCUCUGGCCGUUGUGGCCAUUUGGGGAGUGGAGCAGCCAAUAGAAGACCUCUCUCUCUCUCUCUCUCUCUCUCUCUCUCUCUUUUCCUUUCUCUGUCUCUACUCCUCUCUCUCUAAUUCUGCCUUUUAUUUUGAAAUAAGUAAAGAUAAAAAUAUUUUUAAAAAAUUAAAAAUUCAACAAAUAGUAGAAAAACCGCUGUUCCUUGGGAGUAUAGACAGGGGCUAGAAACAGUAAUCAAAUCUCAAAAUGUCAAUUUCAUUCAUAUACAAUACAUUUUUUGUACUCAACACCUUUUUUAAAAAAAUAUUUAUUUAUGUAUUUGAAAGUCAGAGGGGUCGGUGCUGUGGUGUAGUGGGUAAAGCUGCUGCCUGCAGUGCUGGUAUCCCAUGUGUGCUCUGGUUUGAGUCCUGGCUGCUCCACUUCCAAUCCAGCUCUCUGCAAUGGCCUGGGAAAGCAGUGGAAGAUGGCCCAAGUCCUUAGGGCCCUGCUCCUGGCUCCUGGCUUCAGACUGGUGCAGCUCUGGCCAUGUGGCAAUCUGGGGAAUGAACCAGCAGAUGGAAAAUAUCUCUCUCUCUCUCUCUCUCUCUUUCUCUGCUUCUCCUUCUCUCUGUGUGUAACUCUGUCAAAUAAAUAAAUAAAUCUUUAACAACAACAACAAGAAGAGUUAUAGAGAGGGGGAGAGAGAGAGAAAUAGAGAUCUUCCAUCUGCUGGUUCACUCCCCAAAUGACCACAAUGGCUGGGGUUGGGCCAGGCCAAAGCUGGAAGCCAGGAGCUACUUCCAGGUCUCUCACAUGAGUCUAAGUACCCAAGCACUUGAGCCAUCUUCAGCUGCUUUCCCAGGUGCAUUAGCAGGAAGCUGGAUUGAAAGUGGAGCAGCCAGGACUUGAACUGGCGCCUGUAUGGGAUGCCAGCACCACAGGCAGCAGCUUUAACCCACUAUGCCACAGUGCUGGCCCCAUACUCAACACUCUUAAAAAUUAUUGAGGACCUCAGAACAGCCCUUAAGGCAUUCAGAUCCAGCUAAAAAGCCCAUGAAAGUUUCUCAGGUAUGGAAAGCCAAGACAUUGUGGCAAUAAAAUAAAAUAAAAUAAAAUAACCUAAAUGAAAGAUCUCUGUGAGUGAGAUCCCAGCGGAAAAAAACGGGCCAUCAAAAAAUGAGGUACCUUUCUCUGAAGGGAGGAGAGAACUUCCACUUUGAUUACGGCCUUGUUAAAUAAGGUCGGAGUUUGUGAACUCAAGAGGCUUCCAUAGCCUUGGCAGCUCAUGACAAGAGCCUCGGGUGAUUACUGACGCCAUAAACAAGAGCUUCAAUUGUUAAAUCAACAACGGGAGUCACUGUACUCUUGCUCCCCAUGUAGGAUCUCUGUCCUUAAUGUGUAGAACUAUGCGAAUUAAUGGUAAAACUAGUACUCAAAUAGUACUUUAUACUUUGUGUAUCUGUGUGGGUGAAACUGUUGAAAUCUUUACUUAGUAUAUACCAAGUUGAUCUUCUGUAUAUAAAGAUAAUUGAAAAUGAAUUUUGAUGUGAAUGGGAUGGGAGAGAGAGUGGGAGAUGGGAUGGUUGUGGGUGGGAGGAAGGUUAUAGGGGGAAAACCACUAUAAUCCAAAAGUUGUACUUUUGAAAUUUAUAUUUAUUAAAUAAAAGUUUAAAAAAUUAUUGAGGACCCUGAAAAAAUUUUGUUUAGCUGUGUUAUAGCUAUUGAUAUUCAUUGUAUUCAAAAUUAAAACAAAAAAUUUAAAUAAUUAUUUACCAAUUAUUUU